GCACGGGCCGAGGGAGUUACUACGCUCGCAGGGCCCGCACCCGUACUCCGCCGCUAGGUACUCACCUCGCCAUGGUUCUUCUGCCUCUGCGCUGUCUCCUCUGGGGCUGCGUGUUGACCGCGGUCCACCCAGAAUCACGCACUACGUGCAGAGAAAACCAGUACCUGAUAAACAGUCGGUGCUGUGAUAAGUGCCAGCCAGGAGAGAAACUGGUGAAUGACUGCACAGAGGUCACCUCCACGGAAUGCCUUCCUUGCAAAAAAGGCGAAUUCCUAGACACUUGGAACAUAGAGAGACACUGUCACCAGCACAAGUACUGCGACCCCAACCAAGGGCUCCAGGUCCAGAGGGAAGGCACCUCAGAAACUGACACCACUUGCACGUGUGACGAAGGUCUACACUGUACCAGCGACGCCUGUGAAAGCUGCAUCCAGCACACCCUGUGCCCCCCUGGCCUUGGAGUCAAGCAGCUACAGGGGUUUCUGAUACCAUCUGCCACCCGUGCCCAGCCGGCUUCUUCUCCAAUGUGUCAUCUGCUUCGGAAAAGUGUCACCCUUGGACGAGGUGUGAGACCAAAGGCCUGGUGGAGCUUCAGGCGGGGACCAACAAGACGGAUGCCGUCUGCGGUGAGUCUUAGAGAAGGGACUGUGGCAGCAGGCCGGGAAGGUGGCGAGCUGACAGGGGACGCAGGGUCGCAGAGACACCCGGUGCGGAAAGAGAGAGGUGAAGUCAGAGGAGGCAGUUUGGGACUGAGGUGUCCUAGCUUUGCCACUUACCUGUGGAGCCUGGGCAAGUCCCCUCCCCACUCUGAGCCUCAGUUUCUUCAUCUGUGAAAUGGGCUGAUGACAGCACUUCCCUUCGUUGGUUGGGGGGAGUGCCUGGCAUGGGUUCCUGCACUUUGGAGAUACUCCACCCUGCAUUUCAACACCAGCGUGGGCGUGCCACUGUUUCCUCUCAGAGCCUUGGUUUUGAUUUUAUAACGAGGAGGUUGGCCUACAGUAGCACAGGCCACAGGCCCAAAUAGCUGCAGGGACUAGGCAGGUCAUGUUAAUGAGCAAAAGAGUCAGGGGUAAGAAGAAUAAACUCUGUUUCUUCUUCAGACCCACUUUCCUCUUGGCAGGGCUGGGACUGGAGUGAGGUGAGCGAGGCAGGCAGGUGGGCAGGCAGAAAAUGCAGUAAUCAAGAUAAAUAACGUUAGAUACAUUUUUUUUAAAAAACAAAGCUAAUGUAAAAACAAGUCUAGAAAGAAUACAAUAUCAAAAUUUACAUAAAAACACGACCCAACCCUGCCUCACUUGCCUCAGCCUAAUCCCAGCCCUGGUUUUAAUAAAACUUUAUUUAAUGUUUAUUUAUUUAUUUAUUUAUUUAUUUAUUUAUAAUUUUUUUUUUCAACGUUUAUUUAUUUUUGGGACAGAGAGAGACAGAGCAUGAACAGGGG